CUACAGGCACUUGUGAACCUUCCAUCACGUCUAGGAUAAAUUCAUAACUGACUUGGUUUACAAUAUAACAGGCGUGUUUCCUGACUGUGACUCUUCGUCUUAACCGAAAGCUCUGCGUAUUAAGCAGUAGUAUAGAGAGACUUAAUCUGAGCAGGCAACGGCGAUAGGCUUUGCGUGGCGAGUGGCCUUGCGCUCCCAGGCGCAGGGCGCAGCAAAGGAUAUCACAUCAAUGGAGCAAAGCUAAGACGGCUUCUCGUCGCUGCCAAGUAUGGCAGACGACGGCCCCGGGCGAGCGCCCGGGGAAAGAGGGCCUCCGAGCAAGGGACUAAGCUGGACAAUGGCCAGCUUGCUGCGGAAGGGCUCGGCCACGGCUAACGCUGACGGAGUGGACGGCCCCGCCGACAACAGCCCCAAAGCCAGCAUCUUCGUCAACCAUACGCCGCCCACGCGGCCCAUCUCCCUGGGUGCCACCAGCUUCCGUGUGCCACGCACCGCUAGCAACGUGGGACUGUCUCUGGCCCUCGCCGCCCUUAACGGUGGCGGCGGAGGCGGUGGCGGGGGAAAGGACCACUUGACGGAGCGCGGCGGCGGUGGAGCCGGUGCCGGGGGCGGUGGCGGCGGCGUGCUGUCGACGCGCUCGCACAGCGUGUACCAUGGCGGGCUGCUGGCGCCGGGCGCAAACGGCGGCGCCGCGGCGGCUGACGCUGUGAAGGACCUGGUGAAGGACCUGCAGCAGCGCAAGCGCAGCAUUAUGUUCCAUCACACAAACAAUCAAACGACGCUGGAUGCCAAGGCAGGCAGCCUGGCCAUGCAGUUUCGGGCGCCCAACGAGGUGCCGGGCAAGGGCGUGUGCUUCUCCCCUGACGGCACGUACGUCAUGCGCUGGGGCUACGGCAACGACGUAAAGCUGCUGUCCGCAGACGACGGCAUGCUGAUGGUGACCAUGGUGGCGCCGGGCGCGACCCAGAUCAAGUACGCAACGUUUAACGACGACGGUAGUAAGGUCGCGGCCGCAACUGACGGCCGACCCAUGGAGCUGGGCACGGUGGGCGGGCGCGGAGCCGAUGUCGCGGCGGCAGCGCCCAAGGUGUAUGUGUGGGUGACGUCCAACCGGCACCUGGUGGCGGUGCUGGACGUGGGCUUGGAGCCGCUGAGCUUCCUGGUUUUCAGCGCGGACGACAAGCAGCUGCUGAGCUGCGACGAGGACGGGCAGUUGGAGCUAUGGAGCGUGGGGGAGGGCUCCAUGAUCAGGCGCUACGAGACCGGGCACGUGUCCAAGCGCUGCGGCUUCAGCGCGGAGGGCGACUCGGUGCUGUCGUGUGCCGGUGACGACUGCGGGCUCACAAUAUUCAACACGCGCACGGGCGCGGUGCAGACGACGCAGGCGUUUGAGGACGUGGCGGAGUGCCGCAACCGCGCAUGCUACGUGGUCAGCCCCGACGGCACCAAGGUGCUGCUGUACGUGCAGGAGCAGGUGUACGGCAUCAACCUGGUGCUGUACGAUAUCAUCACCGAAAGCCACAUGUCGCUACAGGUGUGCGAUGGCAACGUGCUCCAUGCGGAUUUCUCCAAUGACUCGUCACUGUUCGUGACGGCGGGGCGCGACAACCUGAUUCAUGUGUGGGAGAGCGAGACGGGCAUGCUGCGCUCCACGCUGGAGGGGCACGCCACGGACGUGAUGCACUGCAAGAUCUGCGAGGACGGCGAGGUGGCGAUCAGCGGCGAUAGCGAGGGCACGGUGCUGGUGUGGUCGCUUGCGGACGGGUCGUGCAUCAUGCGGCUGCAGGGCCACUCCAGCCCUGUUCUGUUCGUGGACCUCAACGCCGACGCCACGCGCGCCCUCUCCGUGGACGGCGACGGGAACGCCUUCCUCUGGUACCUGGACGCCGCGCGCAUGUUUGAGGUGAUGCGGCAGCACAGCGACCUGGUGUGCAGCCUGGCGCCCACGCCUGACGGCGCCAGCCUGGUGGUGGGCUACAAGGACGGCUGCCUGCGCUGCUGGAACUUGUCGGACGGGCCCAGCUUUGAGGCCACCGUCACCUGGACGCACAGCAAGCAGGUCUGCCCCGUGGAGCAGCUGGUGGUGCGGCCGGACGGCGGGCAGGUCGCGAGCGCGGGGCGCGACGGCGCGGUGGUCGUCACCGACCUGCGGCGGGGCAUGGUGGUGGCGCACCUGACCGCCCACCACGACUUCGUGACGGGGCUGCUGUACAGCCCGCGCAGCGACCUGCUGGUCAGCGCCAGUCGCGUGGGCGAGGUGCUGGUGUGGGACGCCAAAUCGUACGGUCCGGAGCCGCUGCGACGCCUCGAGGUGCCGGAUUUACUGGAGGUCGCCUCUCUGGCCAUCAGCUGCAAUCAGUCGCUGCUGGCGGCGGCCACAGCCGGCGGCACGGUGCACGUCUGGGCGCUACCCACAACCCCCUCCCAGGCGGGCAACCCCGCAGCAUACGUGCCGCUGUGCGACGUCAAGGUCACGGACCUGCCCGCCACGCGGCUGACGUUCAACUCGGACGUGUCUGUGCUGGCGGUGGGCGCGGCGGAUGGCGGCGUGACGCUAAUGGACCCGUGGAGCGGCAUGCGUGCGGCGCACUACACCGGCAACGCCUCGUCCGUCAGCGACAUUGCGUUCAUGAAGAAGCCGGAGCACGUGCUGCUCAGCGUGUGCGGGCGGCAGGCCAUCACGUGGGACUGCAGCAAGAGCGCGGAGGAGCACGUCACGGACUUCAUUGCGGACGGCAGCCGCAUCUUCAGCGGCGACUUCAUCCGCAACACGCCCAACCGCUCCUGCGUGGCGCACGACGCAGUGGUGCUGCACGACCCACUAAACCACGCGGCCAUCUACGACAUGGUGCCCCGCCCGCCCGAGCAGCACCCCGGCAACUCCUACCUGUUCCGCCACGGCACCGCGCUCACCAAGGCCGGCGCCGCCGGCAACGCGUUGGUGCUUUUCUGCGGCCCCGACACCACGGUGCACAUGCUGGGCGACGAGACCAGCGGCACGCGCUGCCUGGACUUCUCGUCAGACGGGCGCUUGUUGGUCAGCGGCACGUUGCGCGGCGAGCUAAUUGUCUGGGACGUGGUGCAUCAGCAGCAAAUGCACAAGUGGGUGGCGCACAAGCGCUACGCCAUCACGUGCGUGCGCUUCACGCACGACGCCACAGCGGUGUACAGCUGCGCCGAGGACCAUAAGGUUAUCAUGUGGGACUGGCGGCGGCAGACCAAGCUGUGUGUGCUGACGGGGCACACGGCACCGGUGGUGGCGGUGGAGAUGAGUGUGGACGGCGUGUCCAUGGCGUCGGGCGACCGGCAGGGCUUCAUCUACAUCUGGGACACGGACACACACGUGCCCAAGCAGGUCAUCGCCGCACACGAGGACGCCAGCGUGCUGUGCUGCACGCUCAGCCCCUGCGGCACCAUGGUUGCCAGCACAGGCAGUGACGAGCAGAUCGUGAUCUUUGACACCGAGACCGGGAUAAAGAUUACUUCUCUGGACGACGCGAUGGACGGCAAGGGCUUGACCAUCAAGUUCAGCUUUGACGGCACGCGGCUGCAGGUGGGCGGCGAGAAGGGCUCCAUCCUCAUCUGGGACGUCGCCCGCAACUGCUUGCUCUACGACAUCCCCGCGCACGACGGCAAAGUCUUCGACUGCGGCUGGAGCGGCGACUCGCGGCGGCUGCUGUCGGUGGGCAGUGACGGCAAGGCGCGGCUGUGGGACGCGGCGGCGGGCUCGGAGCUGUGCCAGGCGAACUUUGAGCGUGUGAUGGGCGCGGUGGAGAGCGGCGGCUUUGUGCACUGCGACCUGUCCGCCACCGGCACGCGCAUGGCGGGCUGCACGGCCAAGGGCCAGCUCAUAGACUGGGACGUGGGUGCGGAGCUGCGCUGCGUGCCGGAGGGCUCCAUGCUCUACCAGCGCCUGUCCGCAGCCAGCCUGAACCGCUCGCGCGAGGUGUACUCGCGUGUGCUGCGCCAGUUUCCGCUGCUGCCCAACAUCCAGGACUCGCGCGGCUGGACCAUCCUCAUGCACGCCGUCUCCAACUCCAAUCCGGAGAUCACCAAGCUCAUCAUCGGCAGCGUGCCCGCUUCCUCCGGGAAGCUGGGCCUCGCCGCCUCUGCCGUGCAGAACUCAGUGCUGUCAUCAAUACGCCACGUGCCACGAGUCGGCAUGCUCGCCGGCUCGGCCGGCGUCCAGUCAGGCAAGACGCCAACGGGCGUGGGCGCGGGCUCCCUGGCGGUGUGGGACGGCGCCACCAAGCGCGGCAGCAUGUCCGGUGCAGAGCCCGGCGAGCGCACGUCGAUGGGCUCGGCGCCGGCAGGGGCAGCGGCGGUGAUUCGGAAGCCCAGCCCGCGGCUGUCACACACGGGUGGCAAGACGCUGCUCGAGCGUGUGCGUGACGCGCAGGAGGAUGAGGAAGAGCGGGCGGGUGGAGACGAUCACGAGGAGGGUGGGCUGGCAGGCGGCCGGCGCGGCUCUGCCACCAAAAGUGGCACAGGCGGGCAUCGCAACAAGGGUGCCAGCACCACCAGCGCCGCUGGCGGCAAGCGGGUUGCCCUGCCGCCACCGGCGACGUCGCCAUCCCGCGCCGAGGGCACCGCCACUUCGCCCAGCCUGCUGACGAAAGUAGGCACCUUCCUGCGCAACGGCGCGGAGCUGCUGUCGCCCUCCCGUGCCGCCGUGAUUGCUGCUGGCGGCGAGAGGUCCUCCGCCACCGGUGACGAGGACGCGCAAGCCGCCGAGGCAGGCGUGCUGUGUGUGUCAGCGUCGCCACGCACCUCGCACACCGGCACCGAUGUUACCCUGGACGCGGUGGCCUCACCGACGGCGACCGGCACGCCCACAGCCGGCGCCAGCGCGGGCGGCGCGCGUAGCCCGGGCCGCAGCGGCUUCGCACCCUAUGCUAGCAACCAGAUCACACCAACGGACUCAGGCCCCGUAGUGAACAGCCCCGGUGCGGCCGCCAUUGCGGCCGCCGCGGAGCGCCUCAACAGCGGCGCGUUGUCCCCGGGCAUCACUGCGCGCACCAGCAACGGCGGCGCGAUGCCGGGUUCGGUGGCUGCGGCGGCGGCGGCCGGCACACGCAUGUCCAUCUUGAAAAACGCGGGGGCGAGGGCCGGCAGCACCACCAGCAGCCUGGGCAGCGUGACGGUGCCGGCGUCCGGGCUGGACACGAGGCACCACUCCACGGCAAGCACCGCCGCCGCGGGCGGCGGGGCCGCCGCCAUGGCAGGCGUUGGUGGCGCCGGCGGCGCCAGCAACGCGCGGCGCUCGCUGCUCGGCUCUAUCCUGACAGCAGAGCGCGACCGCGACUUUAAUUCUCGCAGUCGGCGGCGGAGCUUUAUGUUUGGCAGUGUGACGCAGGCGAUCGGAGCGCCCGGUGGCGGCAGCCCGCCUGGCAGCCACGUCCCUUCCACUUCGGGCGCACUGCCGCCGACCGGCGGCAGCGUGCAUGGCAGUGGCGUCAUGGGCGGUGGGGGUGGCGGUGGCGGUGGCGGCGGCGGCUCAGCAGUGAACCUGGGCCGCAGCAUUCGGCACGCAGUGCACAAGCUGACGCGGGUGGCCAGCCGCAGCUCAGCGGCUCGGGACAUUGAAGACGGCAUGAUGCUUGGCGAGGACGGUAUCGUGGAGCGACACGUGAGCGACCUAAGCCGCAGCGGCUGGCACGAUGACGACCAUGAGGGCCACAACAAGUCGCACGUAAGCGCAAGCAAUGGCGGCGGCGGAGCCGGUGGCGCCAAGGACGGCCGCGACAGCGGAGCCAAGGACAGCGGCGGUGGCAUGCGCGGCGGCAGCAACAAGGUCUUUCCGGAGCCGCAGCCGCCGGCGAGGGCGGAGCCCAACGUCAUCAACAUCGCGCUGGACGCCGGCGCGGCGGACUGUGUGCAGCACGUGCUGGACGCCGUGCUGGCGCAGAAGGUGACGCCCGGCUCCUACCACGCCAUCACCGCCGCCAUCCCGGCGGUGGCGGAGCAGUACCCCACCAUGUGCCAGACGUUCCUGACCGGCCUGCCGCUGCGGCCCCUGGGCGAGAUGGAGGUGCCCUCUUCCAUCGCGGCGCGCGGCAUGAUCGUGACGUCGGCGCCCUCGUACACGUCGUACAAGGAGAUGUGGAUCAACGAGCUCAGCCUGAUGGGCGCCGACAAGGGCCCCAUGGCGCUGAUGGAGGCGUGCAUGGUGCGCCUGCCCUUCGCCGCGCAGAGCGGCAAGGCCAGCGUGCUGCACACGCUGGUGGAGAGCAGCGUGCCGGUGCAGACGUUUGGCAGCGACACGGUCAAGGCUAUUGUGGACUACAAGUGGCGCAACUUCGCCCAGCGGCGCAUCUACAUCAAGGCGCUCGUGUACCUGGUCUACACACUUUGCUUCACCAUCUUCGCGGUGCUGUUUGCUGACGACGACCCCAGCUUGGGCGCCGGCGACCUGUACAACACGCCCAACGGCGUGGCCAUGGUGGUGUUCGCCGCCAUCCUGUUCCUGUACGGUUGCUACUUCCUGCUGCUGGAGUGCGUGCAGCUGGUGUCGCUGGGAGCCGCCGCCUACUUUGACUCGUUCUGGAACAUUGUGGACAUUGCGGCGUACGUGACCACGCUGGUGAUCUGCCCGUGCACCGUGUUCCGGUUCGGCAUCGGCGAGGGCCAGUUCGUGGCGGUGCUGGUGGCGGCCGAGGUGAUCAUGCUGUGGGUCAAGGUCAUGUUCUUCGGACUGGCCAUCGACGGCCUCGGCACAUUCAUCUUCAUGACGGCCGAGAUCAUCAAGGGCCUCAAAUACUUCAUCGGCCUGCUGGCCACCUUGUUCAUCAGCUUCGCGGUCGCCUUCAUGGUGCUCUUCAGGAACUCGCCGAACACGCUGGAGGACGGCUCUGACGGGCUGGGCUCCAUGUACGGCGACUUCGGCAACGCGCUGCUGAACGUGUACCUGGUGCUGUUCUCCAUCGGCGACCCGCACGUGGCCAUCUCCACAGAGUACAGCCACUUCGCCAUCCUGCUGUACUGCGUGUACAUGUUUGCGCUGCUGGUGGUGCUGCUCAACAUGCUGAUCACGCUCAUGGCGGACAUCUACAAGCGCGUCAAGGGCGUACAGAGCUUCGUGUUCCUCAAGGGUCGCGCCGAGCUGAUCAUUGACGUGGAGAGCACCAGCGGUGGCAAGCUGAUGAAGAAUGAGAACCACCCAUACCUGCACCUGCUUAUGCCGCUGCGGAAGGAUGCGGCGGGCGGCGGCGAGGGCGGCGCCACAGCGGCGGCCGCAGACCAGGCCAAGAUUGACAAAAUGGUCUCGGUGGCUGUGGCGCGCAUGAACGGCGGCGGCGGGGGCGGCGGGGGAGGAGGAGGCGGGGGUGGCACUGGCGCCGUCGACGACGGGCAGUCGCGGGCGGUCAGCCUGAACGGUGGCGGCGCCACCGCCGCGCUUUGUGCGCGCAGUAUGGCUGGCGGCCUCGAUUCCGCCAGCGGCAGCGACGCUGAUGAUGACGCGCGCAGCGUCCUUGGCGGCGGCCGGCGCGGCGAGCUCAGCCGCAUGAACUCGAUGAAAUCCACGAAAUCAUUUGUCAUGACGCUGGGGGGCGGUGGUGGCGGCGGUGGCGCCAUGGUGCGCCGCCAGACAGACACCAUGACCACGCUGCCGCGCGGCAUGACCAUGGCGCGCGGCGGCGGCGGCGGCGGCGGCGGCGGCGGCGGCGGCGGCGGCGGCGGCGGCCCUGCCGACCCGGAGCGACUGGAGCGACUGGAGCGUUCAGUCAACCGCCUGGCGGCCAACCUUGAGCUGUUGAUGGGGCACAUGAAGGUCCGGCGACAGAGCAACAACGGCAAUGAUGGCAUGGGUGGCUCGUUUGGCGGGCCGGUUGCCGGCGGCGCCCGCCGCGGCGGCCCUGCCGGUCGCGCCAGCAACACCGGGCUGGUCUACGCGCCGUCCAUGGGUGUCAACCGCCGCGGCGGCCUUACCGCUGCGAACAUGCCGGACAACCUAUGGCCGUCCGGCACCGCCGGUGGCGCAUACAGCCGCGCCGUCAGCCGCGCGCCCAGCCGGGGUCCCAGCCGCCCCGUCAGCGGCAUCCCCGAGAACCGCGCCGUGACGGUGGGGCUACCGCCGGUGCACCCGCCGGCGCCGCCCUCGGUGGUGCCCCUUGGCAUGUUGACGGUCACCACGCCGACCGCGAACCACGCAGCGCUUACGUCGGGUCUGGGGGCAACGUCGUCCGCGCCGCCGGGCUCCAUCUCAGCGGCGCUUGCGGCCGCCGCUGCCGGCGGCGGCGUCGCCUCAGGCUCGCACCCGCACGCGCACUUGCACGCCGUUUUCGCUGACGAAGUCGGCGAGCCCAUCGUCAACGUUGAGCCGACAGCCGGCAACAUAUCUGUGGUUGGCCGCUUCGCGGUUGCGCGCAGUGGCAACAGCGUCGCCGCCGUGCCCACGCUUGCGCUGGGCAGGCCUGUGACGCCACAGAUGGACCGCGCAGCAGCCGAGACGGCGGCGGCGGCGGCGGCUGCGCUGGCAGCGUCGGGUAGCGACCGACCAAUGACGCCGCCGGAUCGCGCGUUUGCGGCGCUGGCCAUAGGAAUGGCGGCGCCGCCAUCGCCGGCUGGGAAUGCGCUGCCUCUGACGCCGGUCGGCGACGGGAUGGGUUCGGUCACGACAGCGGUGCCGCCACGGGUGGGCUCAGUCGCCGGCAGCGCGCAUGUGGCCACACCACAGCGGUCCUCGCUGCCGGGGACUGGGCCGCUUCUACCACCCGGCGUUGCCCUACCAGUAUUUAACAGCGGCAGCGUCACAAGCGGCAGCGUCACAAGCGGCAGCGUGCGGGGCGGCAGCGCUCUCAGCACCACACGGCGAAGCGCUGAGCUGGCGCUGCCGCCGCCGCCGGCGCCCACGUUGCUGCAGGUCGGCGACGACGAGCAUGCGGACCUGGAUGCGGUGGCGGCGGCGCUGGAGGCAGCUCGGCCGGCGCUCAUUGCUGCGGCUUCCGGCGGCAGCGUAACCGGCGCUGGCAGUGGCGCCGCCGCACGCCUCGGCAGCAUCACCAGCGGUGGCCUGGGCCAGGGCACCGCGCGCAGCGUGCUCGCCGACAAUGGGACGCCAGCGCUUAGCACUGCGCGCACUGUCCCAGAGUCGCUUUCGGGCACGGCCCGCAGCGGUGUGAGUGGCGGCAGUGGCAGCGGCGCAAGUGGCGGCAUGCUGGCGGCGGCACGGUUAGUGCUGGAUCCGCAUGAGCGGCGCAGCAACGGCGGCACGGAUGGCGCUAGUGGCCUCGGCCUCGGCCCCGGGCGCCCAUCAGGGGCCGGCUACACCACGACUCCUGGCGAGGUGGUGGAGUGAGAAACUGGUCGAGUGUGUCGCGUGUAUAGGUUCAGCAAUAGCGCCCAGUGUGACUUUGCGGCACUGUGCAUUUGGCAGUGGCAGGCGGUGAUCAGAUAAACGUAUGGUAGGUAGGAGCAUACCAACAGGAGACGGUGGGCAUUAAGGCAUGUACGCAUAGACAAGACCUGCAGCAGCUGCAGCAGCACGCACACUGAGUCGCAAAUCUAGCCGCGCAAUCGUGGCCCGAUCUAGUUCACGUACCUUACGCGCGAGUCCUGACACUCGCGCUCUGAAGCAGCUCGGUCAUAGGCGUCUGCAUUGGGGCUUGUUGUGUGAAGGCGGGCGGGGUUGCAAGCGUACAAAGCUGUAGGUCCUUCACGUCUUCGUGUGGUUCUUGACGCACGUGUUUUCUCUCUGUGAUACUGAAACCUUGAAUUGUGGUGGGAGGCUACGACAUCGCACGCGAGCGCAUGUGCGGGUGUGUGCAAGCGUGUUGUGCUUCUAGGGAUUUGUCGUACAUCGCUGCUGGAAGUCACGCCCCGCAGGGGUGUCACACUUAGCCGGCAGCUGUGAUCAGGACGCGUUGUGUUUGAGGCAAGCUGUGACGCGAAGGCAGCAAGGCGUGAGCGGCACAUAAUUCAUCCCACACAGGCAUGGAUGCAAUGCGUACAUGGAUACGGGGGCAGUGACAUACGAACUGACAGCUGGCAAGCUGUGACGGCCAGCAAUCUUGAUGCAAGCUCGGGGACAGUUAGCGCACCCCAAUAUUUUGUCAUGUGUUCAGUGCAAGAUGGGUGCAACCGUAUGCAACGAUAGAUAGACCCUGUCCCAAGGUUGUAAGGUGUAAUGCAA